GGCACCACAGAGAGUCACGGAGCUGCGCUUCUCUUUCUCGGCUGGACCCGCGCCAGUGUCCCCGGAAUUUCCCCGGACUCGCUCCCAGAACUUCCUAUUGAGCGCAUGCAUGAGCUCACGGCUCAGACCGCGACACCGUGAACUUGUCUGACCCUCCGAGCUUGGCCAUGCUUCUAUCUUUCGCUAUAGAAUAACGAUGGCCGUUUUUCUCGCUUAUUUCUGCGGUUGUCUGCAAAAUUGAGAAGUACGUCCAUGUGCAUCCCGAAUGCACGUCGACAGGAAUGAACUAAAUGAACAUCUCCAUGAAUAUUCUUCCUUUUACCUUAAUUCCUUAAAUUCUCAACGCGCCUCACACCUGUCGUGUUUACUGCAGUGUCCCUCGUGUGGCCUGUCAUUUAUUUCGGUCAUGUUUUAAUAUUCUGUGUCUGACAUACAGUAGUUUAACACCUGCCUGCAAACCUGUGCCCGUGAACCGUACGUAGGAAGUUGUUUCUCGCGUAUUAAAAAGCCCCCCCCCGUCGUGAGGAAAAUAAAACAACAGAUAACAGUAUCCGAGUGCGUCCGCCGGCACCGCUCGGUCAGAGUUUCCUCAGCGGUGGGGCUCAAUUCGCACCACGACCCCCCGAAGCGGAAAGUUCAGUCCACGCCGGAGUCUGACAAAAGCGCCGGUGACUGAACCAGCAACUCCCGUCUCGCCAGAGCACGCAGUCAGUUGUCGCGUCGUUGUCUCUGGACGGGAGAGACACAGGGGUAGGGUAGUGAAAGCCGAACUUCGGUCUCUCUUCAGCUCUCUUCAGUCGCCGGCCCCCCUGUGCUUCGGCCACACCAUGGAAGCCAGCUCUCUCUCGGCUCCGCAGUCCGUGCCCUCUGGGUCGGAACCGAGCUCUCCGAGCCAGGACAGCUCGCUUAGCCUGCGAGGACCCUGUGAGCCCGGCGUCGUGCGAGACGGCGGCAGCCUGACAGACGGCGGGGGAGCCUCGCUGGCCGGGUCCCAGGGGGAGCGGCUGCUGUCCGGGGAGGAGCAGGUGACCCUGAUCACGGAGAGCAUGUCGGUGACUUCGGCCGACGAGGAGAAGCUGCUGCUGCUGAACAAGAACACGGAGCUGCGCAGGCUGAACAAGGAGCUGAUGAAGUUGAACGAGGAGUGGGACCACAUCUACCGCAGCACCACGCUGGGCCUGCAGCAGAGAGUCGGCGCCCUGGAGCAGGAGAGCAGCGCGCUCAAGCGGCACAACGGCCGGCUGCUGCUCAAGCUGGAGCACGAGCAGAGCAAGAGGGAGUAUUACGAACAGACUAUGCUGCAGGAGCUGAGGAAGAACCAGCACCUGCAGGAGUACGUCCGCCUGCUGGAGGGCCGUCUGCACCGCACUGCCUCUGACCGGGACUGGGGUGUGCUGAACGGCCUCGAGGUGUGCAGGCCCCCCGAGGUGGGAGGUCUGGCCGAACCCCCUCGAGCUCACUACCGGGGUUCCAGCCAAUCACCGCCUCCGGUGGAGACCGCUGCCCGCCCAGACAGGCAGGGCCGAGAGCAGGGAGGGAGGAGCUCCCCCUGCAGGACAGUCGAGGGACACCCGGACAGGGUGAAGGAGGUGCAAGACCUGAAAGAGCAGCUGGAAGCCCUCAGGUGCCAGACGCGGAUCUACGAGGCGGAUUACAAGACGGAGCACAAGGACCGCGAGCGCAUGCAGCUGGAGAACAGCAAACUGAGGAGGAAGGAGGGGGAGAUGCGCCAGCAGAUGGCGCUGCUACAAGAGCAGCUGAAGGUCUACGAGGACGACUUCCGCAAGGAGCGCUCCGACAAGCAGGUGCUGCAGCGCCUGCUGCUGAAGAAGUCGCCCCCCAGCGACCCGGUUCUGGUCCACCGCUGCAACAACAACGAGCACGAGCGCCCGGCCGCCGACCGGGACCGGGACCUGGAGCGGGAGAAGGAGAGGGAGCGGGCGGGCGCCCCCCGCCGGGCCCCCUGCUCCCGGCACGGGCACAAGCCCGCCGAGUGCCCCCGUGCCCAGCGCCAGCAGCGCCACGCCGAAGUGCAGGCCUCCCCCUUUUCCAUAGACUACCACUAGCCUGCCCCCGCACCCCGUGCGGACUCUGGGGGUGCACUGGUGGGGGAGGGGGCUCCUUGUUGACCCCCGCUGUUCUCGGUUCUCUGUUGUGAUCUCUGCACCGGCGCCGUGACUCCCACUGAGCUGCUGUUGGUAUUUCACAGUGAAACUGACAGCGCUGGGGGGGGCUCUGUGAGUCAGGCAGGUCGCUUCCUCUCUCUCGCUCCCCCUCUCUGCGCCACUUCCUGUUUUUCCGCCUCGCUGCACAAUUCAGGACUUCGGGUCGUACACCUGCAGCACUUCGAAUAAGCUCCCCGUCGUUUAGCGCCUUAACGUGUGAAUGUUGUUCCUGCGCUGCAGGAUACCAGACCCUCAGCUCUGGCUUUUGAUGGAACCAGCUCCUUAGUGACGCAAUGACAAUCCAAAACUGGCUUUUAAAAGGCAGGUUUCUCCAGCCUCCUGCAGUGGAAUGGGGCAGAAGCUCCAGUCUGUGACUACCUGUGCCCUAGGCUGAAGAGGAAGUCCUAUGAGACUUCUGUGCGGACCUAUGAGAGUGCGAGGUGCUGUCUUUGCAUGCAGCACGAGCUGUCAGCCUCUCACCUGAGCUCUGCCAGCAUCCUGCUUGAUAAAACGUCACGUUCCAAAGUGUCAGGAACGAAGCAGCUGAGAUAAAUUAUGCACUAAUCAUUAAAAUGCUAUUUAGAACAUAUUAACAUGUAUUAACUUUUCCUGUCUCAAAGACUUUAAAAUACAUUUGUCUAUUAACUUGUUUUAAAUCAUUAUUUUUUUAUACCUUUUCUAAACAUCAUGUCUUUCCCUUAAUUUAUAAAAUAGCUGAUGGGUUUUUCUUGGUAAUGGGAAGCCUAUCAACAUUGUCUUAGGUUCCCUGGUGAUGACAGUAAUAGUAAAGAGUGAAAUGAAAUCCA